UCCUCCGUUUCUUUGAACGUGGAGAAUGACCACCAUGGUGAAACUCUUUGCAUUGCUUCUCGUAUUCGCCAUGUACCUCGUCUCCCCAGUGGUGGACGCUGGAGGAGUCAGUUAUAUUGGAUCAGGCUAUGGCGGCCUCGGGUAUGGAGCUGGUGGCUACGGAGGUCUUGGCUACGGUGGCCUGAAUGGUGCCGGCCUAGGUGUAGUCGGCUUGGGUGGUGUCGGCCUGAAUGGAGCGGGCCUGGGUGGUGUUGGCCUGCUUGGAGCUGGCCUGGGUGGAGCUGGCCUGGGUGGUGUCGGCCUGGGUGGUGUCGGCCUAGCUGGAGCUGGCCUGGGUGGAGCUGGCCUAGGGUGGUGUUGGCGUGGGCAGCAGCGUUGCUCUCCUUAGUGGGGGACCCGCCUUCGCCAAGCUGGUAGCUGGGCCCGCUUUUGUUGUCAGAACCGUUCACCACGUCAACAAAGUCAAUGCUGGAGGAGCCCUCCUCGCCCACUCCGGCCUGGGAAGUGGAUACGGACGUGGCGGCUAUGGGGGCUAUGGAGGAUACGGCGGAUAUGGCUACAAAGGCUAAUUUUGGUGUUCACUGACUUGCUGCUUUAAUUGCAGCACUCUUAAAAUGUAACAUUUUCACAUAUCUUUCACCAAUACAUCGAUAAAGCUUUUGUGUGACUUGAUUCUGGUUGUUCGCUGAAUAAAUAUGUGGACUGUCAUAGUUCAUAAUUCCCCAAUACAAA